ACUUCAAUUAUGAGGUGAGGACGGCGAGUUCUUUUGCUAGCAUGACCACGGGAUAGCAAACCCUUUAUCUCCGCAAUCUCCUUUUCUCCAAAAAUUCAAUAUUCAUCUUUAUCGUUCAAUACAGUAUUGGCCAAACACAAUGUCAUCAAACGUGUCGAAAAGUUCUCUGGGCUUCAUUGGAAGAUGCAGGCCAACUCAAUCAUCUGCGAUCUUAUCUCGAAAUUUCUCCACUACCGCAUCAUGCAGCGCCAUCGGCCCUGAAAAUCCUAGAUUCAUCGAAAUUCCUACCACUCAGCAGCCAGACGCGCGAGGACGCCGGGAUAUUAAGGGAACUUUACCACCUCCACGAAACCUUUUCCCAAAUCGAGGGCCCGACAAGAUUUCCAAAAAGUACUUAGAUUCCGUGACUCGCGAGCCGGCGAGACCUCCCCGAAAUACGAAUGAUCGGGUUGCAUGGAAGCAUAAGCUAGCAAGUCAGCGGCGUGAAAACUUGAAGGAGGCUUUGGUGAAUCUUCACAAGAGAAAAUUGACGCAGGAGCGCAUAGUCGCACACAGGAGUUACCAAAAACGAAUGGAAAACGAAAAAAGGUUAAAGGCGCCCCAGCGGGAGGAUGAAAGGCUGAUGAACCCCACAAUCACGGAAGCUAUGUCGAAAUUGCAAGUAGGCUUUGUUCCAGAUCCAGAGAGAGAGAGUGAGCUGGCACGAAAGGCAUUGAGGGUGCAGAUGAAGGAAGCCGAAAGGGAGCAGCAGAGGAAGAAUGCUUUGCAUACACUGUAUAUGAAGGCUAGGUCGUUCAUCACAACAGAGGAGCAAUUAAACGCCAAGAUUGAUGAGAUAUUCACGUUUCCUUUCGACAGGAACGCGCCGGACAAGAGAAGUAUCUGGGAGGUAUCCGAGAAACCACCUACUGUCCAGGAUAUGCUUGCAGGCGUCAACAAUGCGCAGAAGACUACCGUGGACAAAUACAGACAUCCUGCUGUUAUCACUGGAGAUAGAAUGCAGAAAAUAGCGGAGGAAUUGACAGGUGGAAAGAUGGACUUUUGAUGACCUCUAUUUGGGUACAUAUCUUGUAUCAUAAUAAAUAUUUGGGAUGCAUCCAUGGCGCUCGUCUAUACAGCAUUUUGCGAUAAAUCAUGUCCGUCACGUCAAUUGCAUGUCAGCCCCUCACGAUCAGAGUCUAUUGAUUGUUAGCGGUAUUUUGUGAUCUCAGUGUCAAUCAAUAUCGUUCGCUACUGAAUAGAGCCCUCCUCUGCAUAGUUCGGAAUACUUGAAAUAGGUUCAUCGCAGCAGAUGUAUCUAGA